CACGCGACGACCGGGUUAUGUUAUCAAACACGGAGGGCGCGUCGCAAACAAGGAACAAUUCUGCCAAAUUAGACUAGAGAAAUUCGUGAGUAAUGAAUUUAGCCUAACAAACUGCACCUACUUCCCUUGCCCAGAGCGACCAUUUUGACUCCCUCUCAAAUUAAGAGCAAUGUUGGAACCGCAAGAUUCCGAAUAUCUAUGGAUUGUGAUUGUAGGGUUUAUCCUAGCCUUUGUGCUAGCAUUUGGUAUUGGGGCUAACGAUGUAGCGAACUCUUUUGGGACUUCGGUUGGUUCAAAAGUACUAACGCUGAAGCAAGCAUGUUUUAUCGCAAGCAUAUUCGAAGUCGCCGGCGCUGUUCUCAUCGGGGCGCGCGUUUCUGACACUGUGCGCAAAGGUAUCAUUGACAUCAACUCUUUUAAUGGUACUGAGGAGUAUGCCAUGGUUGGCUCCCUCUCAGCGCUUACUGGCACUAGCGUCUGGUUACUGGUCGCCACAUUCUUUAACCUACCGGUGUCUGGCACCCAUAGUGUUGUUGGGGCUACAAUGGGCUUUGCUCUGGUAGCUCAGGGCCUACAUGGAGUGCAGUGGAAGACAUUUGGGAAGAUCGCUGGUUCAUGGGUCGUGUCGCCUCUCCUAUCAGGUCUCAUCAGCUCCCUCCUCUUCAUGCUUGUCAGGCGUAUCAUUCUUAGAAAGCCUGAGCCCUUCGAAGCAGGACUGAAGUUCCUCCCCUUGUUUUAUGCGUUCACCAUCACAGUUAAUUUCUUCUCUGUGUUCUACAAGGGAUCUCACAUGCUGCACUUUAACAAGAUCCCGCUGUACGGUGUUCUCAUCCUGACCUUCGGCAGCGGUAUAGUCACAGCCCUAUUUGUGCGGUUCUACCUGGUGGGGUUCAUGCGCCGCAGAAUAAUACGUGAGGUGGACCAGCUGGGUAUCGAUGUGAAAGCCAUGUACACUCCUGAUGUGGACCCAGCCGAGCUCCUUCAAAGGGUCGAAGUGGUCAUUGAAGAAAAGGAAGAUGAGAUGGAUGUAGCAGAAAAGUCACUUGGUCAGGAGACCAACGGCGAGACCAGCAAACUGUGCAAUGAACUAUCAACGCCCUCAUCGGACAUUAACCGUUCUAUGGGAAUGAAAGGCAUGACGACAGCAAGGUGCCUGAUCACUGAUGAACCCAAGACUGGUCGGCUUUUUGCAUUCCUGCAGAUCUUGACAGCUUCAUUCGGGGCGUUUGCACAUGGGGGCAACGAUGUUAGCAAUUGCAUUGGUCCCCUGAUAUCCCUGUGGACGAUUUACUGGACUGGAGAGAUAGCUCAGAAGGUUGCUAUCCCGGUCUGGAUUCUUCUCUACGGAGGCGUCGGCAUCUCCAUCGGGCUCUGGGUGUGGGGUAGGCGUGUCAUCAAGACUGUGGGAGAGGACCUUACGCCCAUCACUCCGUCAAGUGGUUUUACCAUUGAGAUUGGCUCAGCGCUCACCGUGCUUUUGGCCUCUAACCUUGGCAUCCCCAUCAGCACCACCCAUUGCAAGGUGGGGUCGGUCGUCAUGGUUGGGCGUGCCCGCUCUAGGGAGGUAGUGGACUGGAAGGUCUUCCGCAAUGUCGUCCUGGCAUGGGUUGUCACCAUGCCUGUUGCAGGUGCUAUUUCAGGUGCUUCUUAUGCAGCACUGCGGGAGAUUCUAUAGUGGUGCCCCAAGUUUAGUAAGCUAAGCACUGGUUUAGUUUUAGCAGGGCUUUUAUAGUGCAAACUUCUUGGCUUGUCUUCAAAGGACUCUUUUUUCGCCCAUUUGUUAGCCAAUCUUUUGGUUUUCUUCCGCUUUUACGAAAUUUCUUUGGCCGAAUGACCCAAGCUCCUCAAGAUAGCAGCUGCUUAAGCUCUAACACAAGCAACAUCAGUCUUCAUUUUUGCACAAUUUCAGUAAGCGAUGCGAAAAAAGUGGCGACAACAAUCGUGCAGCAAAAAAAACAAAACAUAUGUUGGCGGGAAAAAUAACGCGCGCGCACGCAUUUGGCGGGAUCAUUGGAAAUCACAAUCAAAUCUUGAAAUAUCACGGUGAGAUUCACAACUCUUAACAAAGUUCUCUCAGGCGAAAAAAUGACAGAGAGAAGAGAGACCCCUGCCGGCCGCCGACAAGCUCUCUAUCGUACAUUGCGCUUGCGUAUCAUAGAAUUGAGUGACAUGAAACGUGACCUCGACAACCGCUUUAUUUGCAAAAACGACUGCCUUCACCUGGGUGAGGCGCGUUGCUAAUAUGAUGUGUGAAAGGAAAAAGAGAAGAAGAGAAGUUGUCUUUUUACCUAGACGACAGUUCCUUAGCGGCACGAGAUAUUUUCCGUAACCAACACGCAAAUGUAUCGUGCUUGGUCAAGAAAGAGUGAAUUACUCUUCUCUGUAGUGUCGUUACUUUCUCUAUGAAGCUAGAAAAAGAGAAGUGAAAAUUUUUAACACAAGACGCCAUUUCUAUUUAUAUACCGUGGGCUGAAAAAAAUUCCAGCAGUCAAUGAUUGAGUCAUACGCAGUUCGUGCGUUUCCCGGGCAACAAAAACCGGUAUUUCAAAACUGUAUUGGCCCGCAAAUGAUCCCGGCCCGCAAAUGACCCCCAAAAAGACAACAUUGCAGGCCCGUAACAAAUGAUCCCGUAAUAAUUUACGGAAUGGAACACAAUGCUAGAUAAAAAAGAACACUUUCUUUCCGUAAAAGAAUUUUAAAUGUACGGAAAGUAUACAUUUUUAUUU